AUGAAGACUGAAACGUGCCUAUAUUCGGGCUAUAAGAUUCAUCCAGGUCAUGGAAAACGUAUGGUACGAGCCGAUGGAAAAGUACACAUAUUCCUGUCAAAGAAGUGUCAACGAUCCUACAGAUUGAAAAGGAAUCCUCGCGACAUUCCUUGGACAGUGCUUUAUCGUCGUAAGCAUAAGAAGGGUGUUCACGGUGAAGAAAGCACACAGAAGAAGCGUACAAAGCGUGUGAUUCACGUGGCGUCAAGAGCUGUCGGCAACGUGUCGUUAGAAGCCAUUUUGGCGAAACGUAAUCAGCGACCUGAAUUCCGACAUGCACAACGUGAGGCUGCCAUCAAGGCCGCAAAAGAGGCUCAACGAGCUGCGAAGAGCGAAAAGAAGGCGGCCACUAAAGUAGUUAAGGUAUUAUUUCAAGUUUGGUUCGAUGAUUUUUGUUCAUAG